CUGGGAGUUACGGAUAUUCGAAAUACAUUGCAAUGUUUUACUUAAAUCUAUCUAUCUAUUAUGUCUGACAAUUGGCAACACGAGGAAUCGUUCCCCGUUACGAACGAACAUAUGCUAGAUAAUGAUGUAUUAAGUGAUGUCACUAUCCUGGCUGGGGAGGACAAACAGGAAGUACGGUGUCAUCGAUUCAUGCUAGCCAGCCGCUCACCGGUGUUCUACAAGAUGUUCUGUGGCUCACUUCCGGAAGCCGGCGUCGUGGAAAUACCAGAUUUUGAUGCAGCCGUCUUGAAAAUGAUGGUCAGGUUUAUGUACACCGGUGAAAUAGAGUUAAUGCCUGAUUCCGUAACGGCCGUUAUGUACGCUGCAAAUAAAUACGACAUCCUACCUUUGUCAAAACGGUGCAAGACAUUUCUUAAAAAGAACAUUGAUGUCGAAACUGUCUGUAUCAUCCUUGAACAAGCAUUGAAGAUCGAGGAAAACGACUUGAUUCAACAAUGUUUGUCUUUUAUAUCAGAAAACACAGUUCGAGUAUUUCAGACUGACGAUUUUUUAAGAAUAUCUCCUGAAGCCCGGAGGCUCGUGCUGGAGAAAGAAAGACAAACACAACAACUACCACCAGAGGAAGUGUAUGCGUCUUGUAAGAUAGCACCAAAACCAUUCUUUGUAGAGAGGUUUGCUGAGGUUAAACCGGGUUGGACUCAUUCCAAUAGUCUAGAAGGAAUAGGUUUCAAAACGUCAAAAGAAGUGAGUCUUUCUAGUGUAGCUCUCUACCUACCGUAUAAGCCAGGAAGUUUAACAGGCCCUUUGGAAAUCCUGGAGGAGCAGACAUUCGUGCUGACCCAGAACGUUACCCUUUCUUAUAAGAAAAACGAAAAGUACGAACACAUUCCUCUUGGUAAUAACGUCAAGAUUCGCCCGCAAGUGACAUAUACUGUUCGCCAAAGAUUAGAAGGGCAACCGUCCUUUUAUGGUGAAAAUGAUAAAGGCAAACAAAGUUUUGAUGACGUAGAAAUAGAAUUCGUGAAGUUGUCUCCAGAUCAAUUCGAUAACAAUGGCACAACUGUAGAAAGCGGUCAAAUACAUGGUCUUACGUUUGAAGGUUAAAAGCUUUGUUUGUCGAUGUGUGUCAAAACGUGUGACUAAAAUUUAACAAAAUAGACGCAUAUAAGAAAGGAACAGUGGUGUAUGUUAUCAUGUACUAUUUUUCUUUUUGUAGAUCUUAAUAUUUUCACCUUCAAAAUGAUACAAAAGUUUUGUGUUUUGUAUUUAUUUGAUGUGGCCUAGUGAUUAAUGAUUACAUCAAGAUUCAGUGAAGGCGCCAGUCCUACAUACACAGGAGCUCGGUAAUAUAUAACCUAGCGUCAUCAACAAUGGCAUGAUUUGACAAGUUAACAUUAUACCUUCUAUUAGAGGUUUACGGACUGUGAAUGAAUAUUGAUAUACCCAGUUCAACAUCAUCAAAAUCUUAAUUAAA